AUGACAAUGAAAAUCGUUCAUCCACUCGACAUAUUCAUUUCUCCUGCAGAGGAUCUAUACGUAGUCACAGACCUUAUGCAGACAGAUCUGCGAACCGUUCUGGAGUCCAGAUCCAUUGGAAAUGAAUUCGUUCCAUUCCUUGUCUACCAAAUAUUUAGGGGACUGAAGUAUCUUCAUUCAGCGGGUGUUCCUCAUCGUGACCUCCAACCUGGAAAGAUUCUGAUCAAUCAAAACUGUGAUCUCAAGAUAUGUGACUUGGGACUUCCCAGGGCUCAAGAGCCACAUAAAAUGAGCUAUAUCUCGACCAAGUGCUACCGAGCCCCGGAACUUUUACUAACACGGCAGACAUACGACGAAACAAUUGAUGUGUGGAGUGCAGGGUGCAUCUUUGCCGAAAUGAUACAGGGAAAGCCCCUUUUUGAAGGAAGGAACUAUGUUGAGCAGUUCUGUGCCAUUACAGAGUUACUCGGCACCCCCGAUGAGCAUCUUCUGGCUAAAAUCUCAUCGCAAUCUAGCCUGGAUUUUAUACAAUCUCUCCCCUACCGUGAGGGCACUGGGAUCUCAAACGCAUUCCCACAAUUCGAUCCUGCUGGACUCAAUUUGCUUCAAAAAAUGCUGGCUAUUGAUCCCGACGGGCGAAUCUCGGCCUCCAAUGCACUUGCCGCUCCCUAUCUUUCUGCCUAUCACGACCCCACUGAUGAGCCCAUCGCGGACCAUUUAUUUGAUUGGUCGAUCAACGGAAAAUGGGGCUCAAAUGAUACAUGGAAGAAGGAAUUAUACGCAGAAGUACUGGAUUAUCAAAAACAAGAGGAGGUUCGACAUUAUAUCCAAAAUUGGACGCGGACCAGUUCCUAUACACAAUGA